AUGGCGAUGGACGCGCUCAGACAUAUUAUCGGCAACGUGCCGCAUUGGCUCAACAGAUUGGAAGAAUUGAGCAGCCAGAUUGAGAAGCGACAGCUGGAGUUGGCAGCCAUUGCGACAUCUACAGAGCCGAAGCCGCCCGGGCCCAGAUCUCUGAGGAACAAGGGCUCUACAGAGUCGCUCAAACCCACGAACGAUGGCCCAUCCAUGAUCCCCGACACGGAGACGGCCAGCCCAGCGCCUCGACGCCCAAUGUCAGGCGGUCCUCAAGACGUCACACAGCUCCCUCCCGAAGGUCCAGUCGACACUGCUGCCGCUGGGCUUCCCAGCGGCCGAAUAGGCGAUGGGGCGACGGCAAAGAAGAGGCAACGGUCAGCUUCCACGUUCGCAGUCGACGAUGUGCCGCAGGUCUUUCGAACGAGGAAAAUGAUCAUUGUGUACUACGACAGCUACGUGCAGCGCUUCUUCGACGACCUCGUGCGGUUCAUCUCAUCGAGCAGGAACAUGAUGCGCAAGGCCAAGAUGGCAGCCAGAGUGGCUCAAAUAAAAAAGAUGGCGGAGAUGGACAUGUCCCAGACAGAUGGGCGAGACGACGAUGGCGAGUCCUUGCCUUCGCUUCGGUAUCUGAGCUCGCGGCGCAUGCGUCCAGGACGCGCUGGGCCUGGCCCCCUCGGCGGAGAGGAGCAGCCCGAUGCCUACAGUCACCUGGACAAAGGCCUCGAAUUCAUCCAGUGCACCUGCGAGCACGGCGCACACCAGUUCCUGCGCGACGCGGACUGCAAGGACGAGAUUGCCAAGAUCGGGACGAAGCUGCGUGAUGUUCUCGACAUGGCGCAGAAGGAAAUGGACAGAGUCCUGGCGGAGGAACCGGAGCUCGCCAGGGAAACCAGCGAGGCGGACAAGACAAAGUCCUGCAGACCCAUCAGCGUUCGUCGAGAGCUUUCGGCGCAGCACAAGGAAGUACUGGUCACCUCUGAGAAUGCCUCGAGCAAGCCCGAUGCCGCCACCUCAGCGCGAUCCCAGAGCUCCUUCAUCGAGCCCGCCACAAAACCACUGGCAACCGACGAGUUGGAGCCGGAUGAGGGCAUAGAUGUCGAAUUGGAGAUGCCCAAGUUGCAGUACAGGUCUACGCGACAUUUGCGUGCUCCACGCGCACACUAUGUGCCGAACUGCACAUAG